CUUGAAAAAUUAUGUUUAAAGAAAAUAAAAAAAAUGAAGUCCUUUAAGGAUUCUGAUAUAAUUUUUUGAGCGCCACUCCUGUAACACUGGUGAUAAACCGAAGCUGAAAAUAUGUGACCUUUACAGACAAGAGUAUAGAACCUACACAAUGAAAAUUUUAUGGUUAUAAUGCGUAUCAGAACCCCCAUGAUUUGGGGAAAAACAUUCAAGGCGCAAACUCAAACUAGCAGGGGCUUUCACCUAUACAAUAUAUCGCGGCUUAUAUAGAAAGCGAACACCCUUGUUUUCAAACAGUUGACAGUCGCGUUGAAGCGGUGUUGUUACUUUGACCAAUAUAUAGGUGACCAAAAAAAAAAUAUUUUUUUUUCACUCCAAAAAUAAGAAAAUCUUUCAUACAAUGGCAAAAAUAUUAUAAUAAAAGUCUCAUUGAAAAAUGGACGGAAACGAAAAUAAUUCUCAUCUCUAAGUUCAAAGUGCAAGAGCUUGCAAGAAAAAAAAAAUUCGAUCUAAAGAACAUCAUCGCGCACCACUUGUGGAUAUGUAACUUUUUUCCCUCGAAAAGUACCGGUUGCUUAUAUAUAUAUACAUGAGCAACGAUAGUAUAAUUUUCCAACUGAAAUACUAAAACUCAAAAAUAGACGAUAAAAAAAAUAUUUGGGAAAAUUUUCAAAUUUAAUAUUUUUAGAAUUUGUUUUUACAAAUUAAAAAAAUAUCAAUUAUUACUGAAAUUUCUCCUGCAGUGUAAUCAAGUCAGUGACAAAAAAAUAAUAUUGUAAAUUAAAUAUUUUUACAAAAUUUAAAUCCAAUAUACAUGAAAUUUAUAAUGUAGAGAAACAUUUAAGUAAUUGGUAUGGAAGCAACAAAAACGAAAACGACAAGUGAUAGUAAAAAUAGUAAGGAAAUCAAAUCAAAUGUCCAGAAAUAUUUAAAGAGAAAUUAGGUAAAAAAAAAUAAUUAAUUAAAUAAAUGAAACGAGUAAGAAAAUUAAAGUGCGACAUCAGAUAAAAAAGAAUAAUUUGAAACUUGUCCCAUGGAUCGAAAUCGAUGUCCGACAUAAAGUUCCGUGAACUCCCGACUACUUAAUCGAUGAAUUUUUACUUAAUAUUUCGAUGGAACUAGAGAGCGUUAAUGCUGACCGAUUUGAUAAGAUCGUAUGGCACGAAUAAAAAAAAGAAAAUAUAUAGUCGACUUGUUUAUAUUUGCUAAAACAGUGUUUAUUUCAACAAACAGUAUAUUAACUGUUACAACAAAGAAAAACUCAAAUUAACCAAAUUUAUCUCAAAUUUCGGAUUAUUAUUUUAGAAAGAGAAUUAUUUGCAGUAUGAAAAAAAUGCAAUUUCAGGAGGUUUCAAUUUUAUUGAAACAAAAGAAGAAAUUUUAUUCGAAACGAUGGUACAAUUUUCUAGAAACGAAAUUUUAUCGAUAGAAAAAAAUGUGAUUUUACUAAAAAUGUAGUUUUUUAAUGAAAAAAUGCAAUUUUACGAAAAAAUAUCAAAUUUUACAAAAUCGAGAUUUUGAACAAGAAAAAUCAAAUUCCACUAAGAGCCAAGUUGAUGUCUUGACAAGAGUUAAAAAAAAAUUCAUCGAAGAAAAAAAAAUUCAUUCUAAAAUCGCAGCAAUAUGGGACGCAAGUAUAAACAUCGUUUGAUUCCUGAACAGGAUCGUAGAAUAUGCGGUAGCAUUUGUUUAUGUCAGUUCACAAUAGUGAUUAGUUGCGUUGCUUUGGUUUAUCUAAGCGUCGCCAUCUAUAUACCAUCUCAUCGUGCUUUCAAUGCUGGUAUCGAACCACAUCCGGUGAUGUGCCAAACGGUAAAUGCAACUCUCGUUAAUUCUUGCACUUGGGCAAGCUGCGGUGAAUGGUGUUUGACAAAAACAACAGGUUUUUGUCCCCAAAUUCAUGCAACAGUUAGACGAAAUGGCACUGACAUUAUUUUUGAAAAUUGCACAAAUAGUGCCAGCGUUUUUUGUCCCCAGGUAAACUUGGGCGCUGUAAGAAAAUAUAAUUGCAACAACGGUAGCGAAUGCAGUGUAUUAACGGGAGUUUUUAAUUGUAGUUUAGGUCAUUGCGCGAAUAUUAGUGAAUUAAUGUUAUGUCACUAUGUUGCCGAUGGAAUAACAGUUGACGCUGAAAAGGACAAUAUGAAAUUAAAUGGCUACUUUAGCUGCCAAAAUUCACGAUGCACAAGAAUACGUAAAGCAUUCUCAUGUGAUCGUUACUGCCCAAAAAUAAGUACAUCAAAUAUCAAUGUAUUUCUAAUGCAAAAUGACAACAUUAUAACAGCAUCAUGUUCACGUGCUCUAGCCUUAAAUAGUGCCAAUGGUAAUUUACCAGGUGAAAGGCUAUCGACUCCAAAACAAAUUUGGGAUCACUAUAGUGAUCCAAUAAUUACAAGUUGUUUUCUUGUAUCUCGAGAAGGAAGUCGAAUUAGAGUUGAAGAUUGCGUAAAUGGAACAUAUUUAAAUAAGGCAUUAAUUCCACAGCCAUCGACAAAUUUCACGACAUUUUUAAAUCUUUAUGAAAAAAGUCUAACACGUCCAGUGGAUCCAACAAAUGUUUUUGUACCAGCCCAACGUACAUUAACAAUUUACAAUUCUUCCAGACUUUAUAUAAAUCUUGAAGGUUGUGUAAAUACUUUACGAGGUGAAUGUCGUGAAUUUUUACAAACUCAUGGAAGAGAUGGAGAUAAUCAAACUGCACAGAGUAGAUAUCCCUGCUAUUAUAACAAAAACAACUCGUUUAUGGUAAUAGCUCGAUUUGAUUUGAAUAAAACUCGAACGGAGCUAUUGAUUGCUAUAAUAGUGCCAUCAACUUUAUUUGUCAUAAGUCUCACAACACUGGUCAUCAUAACGCGAUCAGUACAAGUUGGAGAUGACGCAAAAAUGAGAUGUCGAUAUUGUUCGGAUAAACAAGAGAAUGAGGGAGAAGAUGAAGGACUUGUAGCUGGAUCAUCAGCACCAUACCGUGAUCAUGUCAACGAAAAUGAGAUUGAUCUUUAGUUAAAAAAAACAAUCAUCCACAUAUUAUUUUUUUUGGAAACAUUUUGCAAACCACGUGAUAAAUUUUUUAUCGGACACUCCGAAAAUUGCGCACAACAUGUGGUUUCAUAUUUUCAACAUUUUUUUUUUCAUCUUUUUUUGAAAAUCAUAAUCGUAAUUGCAUGUAUUUUCUCUAUUAUAAUCAUCAAUGAAUUCAUUUCUGGGUAAGUGGUUCUCUAUUUUAACUUUAAUAUUAUAUAUGUCUUUACAAUGCUGGUCAUUUAAAUUUAAAUAUAGGUUUCUCCAGUAGUUCAAGAAAUAUCGACAAUAAAUGUAAAGUUUUCUUUAAGCGUUUUUUUUUUUCAUAACAUUCACAUGAUUAAUUUUAUCAUUUUUCUCAUUAAUUAUUUUCAAAACAAAUAUUUACGUACAAAUGACAAUUUAAUGAAAAUUAAAAAAAAAAAUUUAUUAAUUGUGUUUAAUCACUGCCCUGAGCGAAUAUUGCUAAUAAUUUUUAAAAUGCAAUAUUGAUUUGAAUAUUACUAUAUAAAUAUAUUUGAAUAUUAUUAAAUUAAAAUCAAUUAUUAAUUUAAAUUAAAGCUGAUGUACUCGUUAAAGUAGAUGUAAAAAAUAAUCUUUAACCCUACUUCUAGUGAUAAUUCUAUUAAUUUAAGUCUCAUAUAAAAAUAAAACUAUUUAAUUACUGAAAAGCAAAAAAAAAAUCAUACCGAAAAAAAGAAAUGAAUUUUUUUUUGAUAUGCAAUAAAAAAAUACUAUUUUCGAUCCUUAUUGUAAGCCUAAGGAUGAGGAAAAGGAAAAUGUGCGAAUAUUAAAAAAAUCUAAAUACUAAUUUAGUCAUUAAUUUAAAUUAGUUAAAUUUUUUACUAAAUCAGAUUUAGAGAUUAAAUUAAUAAUAAUUAUUCAUAAAAGAA